AUGUACAGAGAUGCGAGGUCAAUGGUUCGGACGGUGGUGGGUGAGACCAAGUCGAUAGCGGUCACAGAAAGAGUGCACCAAGGUUCUGUAUUGAGCCCUUUUCUGUUUUGUUUGGUUCUGGACUCACUCACUGAAGCGGCACAGAAUUCAGCAACGUGGACAUUUAUAUACGCUGACGACGUAGCCAUCUGCACAGACAGCCGCGUUCACUUGCAAGAGGCACUCGUGUCGUAG